AUGGAAAGGUUAAAGGGCUAUUUCCUUUCCUUUGCAGAUGCUCGAAUUCUGUCACCCUGGUUAUCAACAGCAUUUUUUUAUCAUCCAGCAACAACAACUACUACUACUACUACAAAUUGGUCUCAUACCGAUUUCAUUUCACCUAAUUUUACUGAUUGUUUGAAAGGUGGAUCAACUCUGGAUGCUACGACAUUAGCGCCUCGAUCACCAGCACAUGCCUAUCAUUCGUCAUUACAGGAUAUACUGUGUACUAACUUGCAUGGAAUAAUCCCGCCACAUUCUGGUACAUCUUCAACAGUACCAAUUCCCAGUCAACUCUUCUGUUCACCGUAUCCAUCACAUUCGGCACAAAUGUCUAUGAGUCGUCGAUACAGUGAGCCUACAUCAUUAAUGCCUAAUCAUUCAGGCACUGGAAGGCGCAAAAGUCGUGAAGGACAAGUAAAUUAUUUAUGGGAAUUUCUGUUGCGUUUAUUGCAAAACAAGGAAUAUUCGCCUAAAUAUAUCAAAUGGUUAGAUCAUAGUAAAGGAAUUUUCAAACUGGUCGAUUCGAAAGCCGUUUCACGCCUUUGGGGUUUGCAUAAGAAUAAACCGGGAAUGAAUUAUGAAACAAUGGGUCGAGCUCUCAGAUAUUACUAUCAGCGUGGAAUAUUACAAAAGGUGGAUGGUCAACGACUUGUUUAUCAAUUUAUGGAUGUACCUAAAGAGGGAUUCUAUGAAGAUCAACAGCAUAUUACUGUGAAUGGCAAUGGUAACUGUAGCAAUAGCAGGAGACAACUGAAAAAGGAAAAUAACUAUUUGAAUUUCAACGAAGGAAAAAAUGUCAUCGAGAUGUCACAGGAAUGA